AUGAGCAAGUAUUGCCAAUACCACCAUAACAAUGGAUACACAACCGAAGAAUGUGAAACCUUGCGAGACAAAGUAGAAGAGCUAAACCGCAUUGGUCAUCUCAAACAUUACGUCAAAAAUACGGGAGAAGAAGGUUCUCGACCUCGCUACGACAAAACCGAUAAUGGAAGAUUUGAACGAAGGGAGGAAAGAAGACCUGAGCACAAGGAAUCGAGAAGGGAACCUGGAAGAAACCCGAAUCUAGAACGAAGGAUGGAGCAGCAACAACAGGACAAACGCCUAGAUGACAGACCCCCCAUGAGGGGAACAAUCAAUACCAUCUCUAGAGGUUUUGCAGGAGGAGGGCGCUUCUCUUCCUCUAGGAAGAGGCAUCUGAGAGCCAUCCAAUCUGUCCACGCCAUAGUAGGUAGGUCCCAAAGGAGGAUGCCUCCCAUAAUAUUCACAAACUCGGACUUUAGGGGGUUUGACCCAAAUCAAGAUGACCUUAUGGUCAUAACGGUGGAACUCAAAAGUUCCGCUAUCAAAAAGAUUCUGGUCGACCAAGGAAGCUCGGUCGACAUCUUAUAUUGGAAGACCUUUGAGAAACUUCAGAUUCCCCUAGAAGACUUAGCACCAUAUGAUAAAUCUAUAUACGACUUUGCUAGAGAAAGAGUCCCAACAAGAGGUUAUGUUGACCUACACACGACUUUCAGAUGGGGAAGGGAAAUUAAAACCAUACCCAUACGAUACUUGGUCGUAGACACCCAUAUCUCUUAUAACAUGCUCCUGGGACGCCCAUCACUUAAUGCCCUUGGUGCGGUAGUCUCCACCCCCACCUUGCCAUGA